AUGUCCGCGAUAAUCGUUGCUCCCGCCAGCUGUGAAGUUCGCGCUGUAAUAAGAUUUUUGUGUGCAAAAGGAUCUUCAGCUUCUGAAAUUCAACGAGAGUUAUGUCUAGUUUAUGGACCUACUGUAAUGAGUGAAGGAAAAAUUAGACAAUGGUAUCGUGAUUUCAAAAAUGAACGAACAAAUGUUCUUGACGAAGAGCGGAGUGGUAGGCCCAGUAGGCAAACUGAUGAAAUUGUUUCUCUGGUGGACCAAAAACUGCGAUCUGAUCGUCGGUUGACGAUUAGUGCCCUGAGUGAUGAAUUUCUUAACCUUCGACGCACUAUUGUCUACAAAAUUGUCACAGAAAAACUUAGACACCACAAAUUGUGUGCAAGAUGGGUAGCAAAAAUGCUCACCGACCAGCACAAAAAGCAAAGAAUGUCCAGUGGACGAGAGUUUUUGAACCGUUACCGACAAGAUAGAGACUAUUUGUUUUCUCACAUUGUUACCGGUGAUGAGACGUGGGUAUCCUAUAUCAAUCCAGAAACAAAACAGCAAUUAAUGUAA